GGAGAUUUGGUUUGUGGGCAAAUUCAGUGAGGUAGUACCAGUGCAACUGAAUAGCAUCACAAAUUUGAAGUAAUGGCACCGAGAAGGCCACGGAAGAAGAUCUGCAGCGAUUCUCAGAGAGAAAAACCUAAUUCUCCUAUGCAUUCCAAUCUCUCUCCAACCCUCCGGAAGCUGCUCUCCGCCAUCACAACUCCCGGGGGUAUGAAAGCACCUGUCUUGAAGAGUUUGUAUUGUUUACUCUUCCAUCUGUCCACAGGUCCUCAGAACAGAGUUGAUGAAAAUGAUCUACAAGCUGUUUGUGACUUUAUAUUCAAAGAACUAUCAGUGAUGUUUGACAAUAUUAUAUCUUCUGUAUAUGAUAUUUCUGCAAGUAAGGAUCAUGGCCAAAAUACCAUACAUGUGAAUUGCACAGUUGAAGUACUAUUUUUGCUGUUAAGGUGUAGUAUGGUUAUCUUGGUCUUGCCCAUACUCAACCAAAACCUUGUUUUGGAAAAGGGUGGGGUUCUUUUAAAGAUACUUUUGAAGUUAUGUUCCCUAAACCUGCCAUCAAUAAAGGACAGGAAAGGAAUUAGUUUUCCGAAAUCACUUUUUCAUCCAUGCCUUCAUGAUAAUGAUGACUUCACAACUACAUCAAGUGAGGAACUUGCUGUUCAUUUUUGCGAGCCCCUUGAUCUUCAAACUUCAUUUGCUAUUGCUUUGUUGGAGGUAUUUCUAGAUGAGCUUCUUGUUCAUGGAAGAUUGAAAGCGAUAUUUAAGCGGAUUGGGCGAAUUACAUCUCCUAGUGAACCUUUAUUUAUGCCUCAGCCUACUGACAAAGGUAUUUGUUCAAAGAAGCGCCAGUGUGAUAUUGGAAUUUUGGCAGAACUUGUUUCCACUUGCUUUGUCCUAUCGUUUUCUCGUGAAGAUGCAAUUGAAGCUUUUCUGGACAGACUUUUCUGUGCACGCAAUAAGGAUUUUGAAUUCUUUAAAGCUCAAGGGAUGAGUCUGACUGGGGCAAUAUCACUUCUCCUCCAUCCCAUGUUUUUUUCUGCCCCAAAAAUUGUGCAAGCACAUGUGGUUUCAUCAGUUUAUGAAGCCAUGAGUAGUAUGAUGGAUAUUCCGAACUUGAAACUGAACUGUAAACUUCUCAACUACUGUAUCUCAGUGUUUGAAAAGUCCAUGGAUAUGUACAUGAAACAUAUGUCCUGCCUAUGGACGAAAGGCCAUCCUCUAAGUACUUGUGCUUCAUUUGUUGAGCCCCAUGCGUAUGGGGGCUACUAUCCUCUACCUUUUGCAUCCUAUAUAAUGCCAAGCACACUGGAGAAGAUAAACUCUCUGAUUACAAGCAUAUUAAGAGCAUCAGAGAGCUUUGAUGAAACCAGAAUGCCUGCAAUCAGGGAUAUAAGUCUGCAAGACAUAUGUCUCCUAGUUGCUGUGUUGAAGUUAAUGAGCAUUUCUUUGCUGCAUGCUAUAUCAUGUCUCAGAAACAAAGAAAGUUGUGGCUCUUUCAAAACAUUGAAAGACUACUCAUUGUGCUUGCUUGCAUUUAGUUUUCUAAACAGGUUUGAUUACUUAGCAAAAGGUUGCUUGCUAACUAUCACUGCUGUGCUGAAUCUCUUUGUGCUGGAAGAUGGCUAUUUAGAUGAGUUGAGGUCACUGGUUUUAUCUGGCCCAAAGUCUGUUUCCUCUGCAUUACCUCUGGCACUUGUGAACCCAAGGCCAAGCAUUAAAAUUGCAUCAAAAUUUCAAAACAUGCAGAAUCUUCACUUGAGGAAAUCAAAGAUUGUGGCGAAUUGUUUUGGUAGCAAGGAGGUGGAAGAAGGGUUCACAGAGAAUUCCUCAAAUGUUUACCAUUUUCCUGACAGCGAAGAUAAUAGAGUGAGCAUUGAAGAAGAAACAACACUCAAUGGUGAGAGCUAUCUCAAAACCAUGCAAUACAGCACGCACAACACAUCUGAUUAUGAUGAGUUGGCUGAUUUUGUUGCCUGCAAGCCAGGGAAGGAUUAUGCAGUCUGGCUAAAUGAUAGGAAAAAGUAUAGAAAAUGGAAAUCUGAAAGGACUGCCAUGUUAAUGAGGAACAGAAAGAAAAAGACUUUGAAAGUUUUUAAACGGUAAAAAAUGGCAUGGGUUUCUAACGUGGAGAUAACCAAGUCUUUUUUUUUUUUAAUUUCUCUUCCACCCACCCUAAGCUGUACUGACUUUUU